UCUUCAUCUUCAUCUUCUUCUCCUAUUAGUAAAGUAAGAUGAUGUAAUAAUGAUCCGAUUUUUUCCCCUGAAGGAGACACAUUAAGUGAAAGUAAGUAUAUGUGCGUGUGUAUGUUCAAUCUGAAAAGUAUUAAAUAAUUUGUCUAUAAAAAUGAUUAUUAUAUGUAUAGAAUCGACGAGACAAAAGCGAUUCGGGCCAUGUCAAUAUUCGUGAUGAUGAUGAAGGACAUUUGAUUUACGUUCCAGGUGAUAUUUUACAUCAUCAAUAUGAAAUUCGUCGAACACUUGGCGAAGGCACAUUUGGUAAAGUCGUUGAAGUUCGUGAUCUUCGCGGUGAUGGUAGUACACGGUUAGCAUUAAAAAUAAUCAAAAAUGUUGAAAAAUAUCGUGAAGCGGCCCGGUUAGAAAUUAAUGUACUUAAAACAAUCAAUGAAAAAGAUCCCGAUGGUGUUAAUUUAUGUGUUGCAUUACUUGAUUCAUUUGAUUAUUAUGGUCAUAUUUGUAUUGCUUUUGAUAUGUUAGGUUUAAGUGUAUUUGAUUUUUUAAAAGAAAAUAAUUAUAUUCCAUAUCCUAUUGAUCAAGUUCGUCAUGUUUCAUAUCAAUUAUGUCUUGCUGUUAAAUUUCUUCAUGAAAUUGCUUUGACACAUACAGAUUUAAAACCUGAAAAUAUUCUUUUUGUUAAUUCCGAUUAUAAUAUUGUUUAUAAUCAUCGAAAACGAAGAGAUGAACGUGUUGUUCGUCGAACAGAUAUUAAAGUAAUUGAUUUUGGUUCAGCAACAUUUGAUUGGGAACAUCAUUCAACUAUUGUUUCGACUCGACAUUAUCGUGCGCCAGAAGUUAUACUUGAAUUAGGAUGGUCUCAACCAUGUGAUGUAUGGAGUGUUGGAUGUAUUCUAUUUGAACUUUAUCUUGGUUUUACUCUCUUUCAAACGCAUGAUAAUAAAGAACAUUUAGCCAUGAUGGAACGAAUACUUGGUUCGAUUCCUUAUCGAAUGGCAAAACAAUCAAAAAAAACGAAAUAUUUCUAUCAUGGUCGACUAGAUUGGGAUGAACGUAGUUCAGCUGGUCGUUAUGUACGUGAAAAUUGUAAACCUUUACGACGAUAUAUGGUGAGUGAUGAACCAGAUCACCAACAAUUAUUUGAAUUAAUUGAAAAAAUGCUUGAAUAUGACCCAAAACGACGAAUAACAUUAGUUGAUGCUCUUCGACAUCCAUUUUUUGAACGUCUUUUACCAGAACAGCGUAUUAGCGAUCUACCUUCAGUCGCAAAUACAUCUUCCAAAUCUUGA